AUGCCUCACUCAGACCACUCUCCAUCCCCACCACGCGAUUCCUUUCCCGAUCUCCCAGUCUUCCCCGACAACGUACCCACCGCCCCUCUUCUCCGCAUCUCGCUCCAAAAGUUACUUCACCGCGACGAAGAAGAACAAAACAGGUGCUGGCAGGCAUGUCGCGAAUUGGGUUUCUUCUACUUGGAUGUCCGCAACUCCAAGCAGUUGGAUAGUGGCAAUAAUGAUACUGCCGUCGACGGCGACGCGUUACUCCAAGAUGUGGACAAACUAUUCCAAGUAAUGCGCGAGUUCUACGAUCUAGAUGUCUCGGAGAAGAUCAAAUACGAUUUGAAAGACCAAGGCAGUUACUUUGGCUACAAAGGCUACGGCGAAGGCUACGUCGAUAAGCAAGGAACGAAAGACCGGAACGAAUUCUAUAAUAUCUCCAAAGACGAUAUCUUCAGCCUCAGCGACCCUCUUCCCUCCCCAGCGGUCCUAAACCCACACCGCGACCUAUACAAAUCCUACAUCACCUCUUCCCACGCAAUCUGCAUGCUUAUUGCAUCCCUGAUUUCCUCUCGUCUCCCUCUAGCAACAGAAACGCGCGAAGCAGGCGGACUCCCCGCAAUCCACCGCCUUCACGCUUCAUCAGGCGACCAAAUCCGCUUCGUCAAGGCACCACCACAAGAACAAUCACUCAAAGGCGUCGCACUGGGCGAGCACACAGAUUUCGGAAGCGUGACUGUUCUGUUCAACCGCCUGGGUGGUCUGCAAGUCAGACUGCCAUCCCACAUAUCCCCUCUCGCACCAACAUCUACAUCCCCACCACCCACAGCCAUCGAAAACAAACUAUGCGAAGACGGUUGGACAUAUGUCCGUCCCUUACCAGGCCACUGCAUCGUCAACCUCGGCGACGCACUCGUCAAGUUCUCAAACGGCGCGUUGAGGAGUAAUAUACAUCGUGUUGUUGCGCCGCCUGGGGAACAGGGGAGUGUUGAGAGGUAUAGUCUUGUGUAUUUUUGUCGGCCUGAGGAUGAUAUUUUGUUGAGGAGUUUGGUUGAGGGAGAGAAUGUGGAGGGCGAGGAAGAGGUUACGGCGAAGGAAUGGAUAUUGAGGAGGGCGUUGGGGAGGAGGAAGGCGGAUGGGUGGGAGAAGAGUAGUGGGACGGAGGCGGUUAGUAUGGGGGUUAGGAGUGGGGGGAUGAGGACGUGA